CAACAAUCUGCUAUUUCAGGUGCCACGAAGCGGGACCCUGUCUUGGCAUGCAUACACUUUCUCCACUCCAUACGAGCUUAACCCCUCGCGGUUCUGCGACUCAAAUAGCCCACCUGGACCACCGCCCUCUCAUCCUACCUAGAAGAAAUCUGCAUCCUUCAGCCACAGCCACCGUCAUGCCCGACCUCACCCUCUACGACAUCUCCUCCCCUCUCCAACCCCGCUCCUACGCCCCCAACCCCUCAAAAGCGCGCCUAGCCCUAGGCUUCAAACGUGCCUCGUUCCGCACAGAGUGGGUUGAUAUCCCAGACAUCGAGCGCGUGCGGCGCUCUCUCAAUUGCCCGGCAACCCGCAAAUUAGAUGAUGGCAGCGACUUCUUCACGCUGCCCAUCCUCCGCGAUGCUUCCACAGGGCAAGUCAUCGGCGACAGCUUCGACAUCGCGCGCUAUCUCGAUGCCACGAUCCCAUCUCCAUCCCCGCCCCUGCUCCCCCCACAGGAAUCGCUAAAGGGGAAGUGGACAACCUACUCGUCGCCCGCAAAAGACACGCCCUUCUUCGCCCCCAUCACCACAAACGCCGGCUCCACGCACCCAACCUUUGCAUCCUUCAACCUCCACAUCGACGCCACCUUCUCCGCGAACAUGGCGCUCUACGGCCAGUUCCUGCCAUUCAACCCGGCGACCGCGGAAGCCGCGAAAGCCCUCAUGUGCAAGCGCGCGCACCUGAACAGCUGGGACGAUCUCACUAUCCCGGGCGAGGCAAGGAGGCCAUUGUUUGAGGGUGGGUUCAAAGAUGCGAUGGAGGGCGUGGCGGCGCUGUUUGGUAGUGGGGAGGGGCACAUUUGGCUGGAGGGUCCGGAGCCGUGUUAUGCCGAUUUGAUUGUAGGCGGGUGGCUGAAUAUGUUGAGUUGUCUUAUGCCAAAGGAUGAAUGGGUGGAGUUCCGGGGGUGGUUUGGGGGCGUGUUCGGGCGCGUGCAUGAUGCAUUGCAGGAGAGCUUCUUCGUGAUACAGUAACGAGGGGAAAGAGAGGGGUGGCAUGUAGGAAGGGUAUGGAUUCCACAGAAAACGCUGCAGAACCAGUGCAGCAUUGAAUAUUAUACAGUCUUAAGUUAAGUAUGCCCUCCCUUCCUAGCCCCAAACCGCCAGCCUCAAAUGCACAAA